UCUUUCUCUCUCCAUCCUCCUCCUCCUCUUCCCCGUCGGGCGCGCGCAGAUCAGCGGAGCAGUGCGCGCGUCACUUGCGAGCGUCUGUAACGAUCCCUCCGACACAUCAACUCCAGGAGCCGAAACAAGAGUGAGAGACUCAUCGAAGAGUGAGAAAUCUGAGAGGAAAAGACAUAUAUCGAGCUGUCGGAGAGUAUUUAACCAUUUUGAUUGUGCUGAUUUCUCGUUUCCUUUUUUUUUUUUUUUUUUUUGGUUGGUUGGUUUCUCUUUUUUGGGGGGAAACAAGGAUAAGCCUACCUUUUCACAACAUGCUGAUCGGUACGGCUGCUCAGGGGAGCCCCCUGCUGGCCUCAUUACCAAUGCAGGGUCGUCCGCUGCAGACGCCGCUGGACCUCAAACACUUCCUGCCCUUCCGGCUGAGCGGAUCCUCCCCGCUCAGCCUCUUCCCAAACUUCAACAACAUGGACCCAGUGCAGAAGGCCGUGAUCAACCAUACGUUUGGUGUUCCUCAGUCCCUGAAGAAAAAACAGGUCAUCUCAUGCAAUAUCUGCCACCUGCGCUUCAACUCCACGAAUCAGGCCGAGGCUCAUUAUAAAGGCCAUAAACAUGCUCGCAAGCUGAAGGCAUUGGAGGCUCAGAAGAACAAACAGCAGAGACGACAACAGGACAACUCCCACCACAACCGAGAGCGAGAGAAGGACAGAGAGAGAGAUAAAGAAAGAGAGAGAGUGAAGGCCAGCGCUCCAGAUCCACCACCAGCCCUGCUGGACGACACCGCCAUCGAAGGAACUGCUGUCAGCGACCCGGAGUCUGCGCUACGAGUGGACGACGCUCACUGCAGUUCAGUGGUGCUGACGCCCAUAUCAGAGGUUUCGUCUGCUGACCUGUGCGCAUCCUCUCCUCACUCGCAGCACCCCGACGCUCUCCUGGAACCCAGCGGAGACACAAGCCCUCCUCCACAGGACAGCCCUGCAGCAGACACACCGGCAGAGAAGGAGCCCAAAAAGUCCAAACAACACCUGCACUGCCCCAUCUGCAAAGUCACGGUCAACUCCAGCAUUCAGAUGGAGGCUCACAAUAGUGGCACCAAGCAUAAACUAAUGAUGGAUGGACAGAGUGUGUUGCCACGGAGACGAGGGAAAGCGAUGUCAUCCCGCCCUUCGUGUAAAAGCAAGCGAUUGGCCAGCAAGGGAAGUCUGGGCGUGGCCAGCAAGAGCUUCUACUGUGAAGUUUGCGAGAUCCAUGUUAACUCUGAGACUCAACUCAGCCAGCACAUGAACAGUCGAAGGCAUAAGGAUAGACUGGCUGGGAAACCUCCAAAACCCAAGUUCAACCCUCAUGCCAAGAGUCAGCCUACCUCAACCGUGUCGCAGGGUGUCCGAUGGAACGGUUAUGCGGGCGGCGCAGUGUCUGCCAUGAAGAAAGUUAUCAGCCAAUGCAAUCUCUCCUCUCUGUCCUCACAGACUAAACUUGUUCUACAGAAGCAAUUGACAAAAAAUUUGACCGCCAGCUUCCUGCCCACCCCCUUAACUCCACCCACCCUCUGCACCGUUGCGGCCAAUCCUCUCGCACUGCGACACCCGCCGGGCACUACUUUCAUUCAGACGCCCAUCCUCGGCCCAGCCCUCUUUAGGCCAGCACCAGGACCUCUGAGAGCCACACACACUCCCAUAAUAUUCUCCCCCUAUUGAUCGCCCCCCAAAACAAAACAAACACGCUCUUUAAACAAAAGCGCACAUCAAUGUGAUUUAGUCUUACGAUCUGUUCUCAGUACUGACGGUCUCUGUGCAAACUUUGUCCGUGCUCCCGCUCUCUCCAAGCUGUAAACACACACAUACACACACACACACGUAUAUAUAUAAAUAUAAACACACACAGUCACAUAGUGUUCCCUAUCCUCCUCAAAGACUGUGACUCUGAAACGAGUCACUUUUGAACUAUGCAGCAAAGGGAGAGAGAGUGUGUGUAAAAGAGAAGUAAAGAGAGAGCAAGACCAUAUAUGGAUAUAUGGGAGGGGCCUCAUUGCUAACACCAGCCCACUAUGCAGAUGAACACUUGAUUGACAGGACACGACCGCUAAGGAAGUGAAAGACGGAUAAUUUAGCUUUGCUUCACGAGAUAUUUAUCGUUAAACAGAUAUUAAUCAGGUUUUAAUUCUAUAAUUUAUUAGAGCAAAGACAAUUUUAGAGACCUAUAACUGCGCUAGCUGUUCGUUUAGUGAGGAAAUGCAAACAUCCCUUUACUUGAUGCUUAUUUUAAUAGAUUUUCAAUUUUAUUCAGUCUGUUUUCAUGCCAUUCCACACGAAUUCAGUCGUCUCUCUGUAUAUUCGCACACAUUUUUGGAGUAACCUCAUCCGACUGGCUUUUGUUACAAAUAUAAACCUCAUUGGUCUGUUAGUUUACAGAUGCUAAGGCUUUCUGUCAUGGGUAAUCACAUAGUAACGCUGAGUGCCAGCCUAAUCGACGAAGGUGACAAUUUGGUAGCAAGGCAACACACACACACUCGCUCCCAAUCAGUGUCGUAAUUUUCAGUGUUGAUGCACAGAUUAGGUGAUUUAAGAUGCGCACACACACACACACACACACACACACAUUCUCACAAUCUCAGAUGAGUUGAUUACGGUUCAGUCACAGUUUGACGUGGCCUUUUAUGUCCGCAUAUUUUGUUCUCAGUAUUCCCUCAUUACAGCCUCACAAAGGUCACUGUGCCUGUCAGAAAUCUGUCCGUGUCCCAUCUUGAUUAAGAUCUAAACCCUCACCAUGUUAUUUGCUUGCUUGUGUGUAUGUGUGUGUGCGCGCAAUCCAAAAACCGUCAUGAGCUCAUUACUCUUUUGAUUUUGUUCAAAACAGCAUGUUCAAUUCUGGAAACGGCAAUGAUUUAUUUUGCACAGAGGAGCCAUUGCCAAAACUUUACGACUCUGAUCGCGGUUAGUGAAUAAACAAUUCUGUCGACAGAUUUCAACAUAUUCAAUUUAAAAUAUAUUAAUAUUGCAAUUGCACAAUGCCAAGUACACAAGCAUCUGCAAGUACAACGUCCCUUAAUUCGCUCAGUUUCAUAGAUCUACUGUACCAUCUGACUCCAGACCUGUAGAAUUAGAUGUCGCUGUCGAGUCUGUGUUGUUUCGCCACUUGUCAUCUGUCUGAUUUCUUUUCAACACACCCUAUAGCAUACAGAGCUUUUUUGUAAAUAUUUUAUGAACACGGCUUUUAAAAGUAAAUCAUUAACAUUUAUAAUAUAUAUAUAUAUACACACACGAUUAGAGUAAAUAUGUAGAACUUUAUGAGAUGUUUAAUGUAGAUUCUUUAUCUGGUUAUUGUAAUUAAUGUGAUAAUAAGAACGAUCUCUACUUGAUGAAGUUAUAUUAUGUUUUCUUGCCAUUUCUGCGGAGAUAUGAGAUAAUAAUCUAACACGAAGUAGAUAAGAUUAUGUAGUUUGUACGUCAAAUUGUAAAUCAAAGUGCUACAAAGCUCAUUUGAGAGAAGGAAGGUGGUGGAUUAUAAGAGAUGUUGCUAAAAACGGGCUGAGAUUGGGACACCCAGACAAGGCCUCAAAGCCUGGAGUCACGGGUGAGUCUCAAGCCCACUCAGGGCUCUUGCUUAUCAGAGGAUGGUUUGCCCUUGCGGGAAUGAAGCACGGGGCCUUGAACAGAGCUAACUAACAACAGCCAUAUUGACACUACAAAAGGCACAACAUGGACGAAUUCUGAUUUUUCUUUUCUUUUUUUGAGGACACUUUAAAACAAGGACUUUGCUUGAACUCCAUGAAUCAAAAUCUACUAUUUGUGUGUUUUGAUAUCUCCUGAACGCCAAACUCAUCUCCAUGAAAAGGCAAAUGGUGAAUGACAAUUAACCCACCAGUGGACUCCAUCAUAAGGCACAAGAAGACAUAACUGCACCAUUCCUAGUUGUGUCCACAUCAGAUAUGGCUUUGAUACUUAUAACUGUGACGGUCUCUGGUCGGUGGAUGAUUUCACAUGUUGUCCAAAUGUAACAGUUCCAAAAUAUCUUUAAGGUUGUUUGUUGGGUUUUUAUUAUCUGUUGCUUUUUUCAGUUCGGUGAUAUUCAAUCUUUAAGCAAUAAUGACGGAAACUGGAACCUUUUUAAGAAAACAGAAGACGACUCUGUUUCUUUUCUCUCUCUCUCUCUAUCUUGAGCGUACUUGUUUCUUCCCUCGUUCUCUCAAUGUUGUGAGUGCUCCUCGUGUUUUUUGUAUGGUGGAAAGCGUUUAUGGUGCCAAUCUUGAGGACAUUAAGGCUUGAUUUGACAUUUUCCUCUGUAUGUUUUACACCGGUGGAAUCUGUUUGUCACAGGACAGUCAUGGAAACAUCUGUUGCCAGCAGUGACGAGACAGUGGAUGGCAUUUCCCAUUUCUUCCAUGUUGGUUCAGGGCUAAUUUGACUAUUCAAAUGAAUACCCAUUUCCCUUCCUGCUAGUUUGCCUGCCUUGUGCCAAAAUAUACUCUCAUUAAAUGCCAAAUUUAUGUACUUAUUUUAAAUAAUUGUCAAAAAGCACAAAAAAUGUCUCUCCCAUUAUGUUUAAAACUCAUGGAGCCUCAUGUGAAAAUGUGCAUGUGUGCGUGUAAACUGAAGAAAAUAAUAAUAAUAUGUGAAUUGUGUGUCCAAUCCAAAUAGAUGUUUCUUAGGCAUGAACAAAGAUGAGAUUUGAGUAAUCAUGCUUAAAAGGGACAUGGCCAGUAUUGCGUAAUAUAAAUAUUGACUGACAUUAUAUAUGUUAUUUGUUCAUUGUGCUCAAUCAUUUCUGUGACUGAUCAAACAUUGAUUUGAGCUGACACAAAGGGAGAUGUAUUUUCAUAAUUUUGCGUCUUGGUUUUUCUGACUCGUUUGCUAUUUCUCUGUACAGUGUGUAUGAAUGCGUGAAACCGAAAUAAAGCCGAGAAUGAGAGAAAGAGAGAGAGAAAUAAAUCGAUUAGAUCUUCCACCUCA